AUGUCUCUGCUGAUUGCGGAUAUUUGGUCACUUGGUAUCACUGCGAUUGAAUUGGUUAAAGGCGAACCACCAUAUGCGGAUCUGCAUCCAAUGCGUGUGUUGUUUCAAAUACCCAAAACUCCACCACCACAAUUAGCGGAGAAUCAUUCAAAGAGUUUUCGAGAAUUUGUCGAAGCUUGUCUACAAAAGAAUCCUGAACACAGACCCACCGCGUCGCAACUACGUCGAAUGAAAUUCGUUUCGACGACGAAACCAACGAAAUAUCUCGUCGAAUUAAUCUCCCGUUUUCAACAUUGGAAGAAAACACAUGAACACGGAGGUCGAUCCGAUGGUGAAUCCAGUUCCGAUGAUGAUAAAUCCAAAGAAGAAGCUGAACCAUGGGUUCCAACGGUAAAACUCCCAUCCAAUCCGAAUCUCGAACAGAAUCAAUUCAAUCCAUCGUUAGAAUCAAUACUUAAUGAUCUUUCCAUUCGUUAUAAUCUUUCGCCUUCCGGUAAUCAUUCUACACGUGACUCACAAAAUGGCGUCGAUCUAUUUCAAAAACUCCGACAGUUGUUCGAAGACACGCAAAUUCGCUACCCGGAAUUCGGGCAAGAUUUCGUUCGUACGAUGCGCGAACAUCUCCUCAAAGCCAUCACCAACCCGCCUUCACCACAUCCAUCAAGUGAAUCGAAGCCGAAGUCCAACAAAAUUCAGUUGAAACCUGACACAGAUAAACUGAGAAUUUAA